GGAGAUGAGCCACCAAUUUCAUUCAUCAGCGUCUUGAAAUCCUUCUUUUGUAAAUGUUCAUCAAUCAAGUCAUAUUGUAUGGUACCAUUGUCAAAAAUCUUCAUCGUGAUUGUCAUAGCACCUGUUUUUAUUUACAUCAAAAUGAUUGUUUACUUCAGAUAUAAAUAUAGAGGUCUACGUCAACGCAUCGAACAAGAUAUUCCAGUAGGAUUUAAUGCAAUGCCUUUUGGAUUUCAGGCAAGUAAUCGUAACUGGAUGUACUUUCUAGGAGGUCCCUAUGUUAUAUACACAUUAUUUUUUAUACUGGCUGUUAUAGUUAUAUGCAUUCCGAGUGACAUUUCAUCGUUGCUUUGUUCACAGUUGUGCGAUACUAACGAAUCAAAGUUACUACAAUCCCUCAACCAUGUCACCAUUGAAGAAUUAGGAGGUGUUGAGUUCACUUCACUGGACGUCGGAUGGUCCACGUUUACAACAGCAAUGAGAGCGAGACUUUACAUGUUAAUCAAUCCGAAAUUCUGGGAACUUUUCCUGGACACAUGGAUUCUGAGAUUGCGUGGUUUGGUCAGACGCAAGCCAAAGUGCUUCCCAAAAUGUGUAUUUUUCAUAAUGCUAUUUCCUCUUUUUCUCGUCACUGUCAUUGCUGUCAUCUUCGAUCUGGGUGCAUGUAUCAUAGUAUAUGGUGUCCCAAUUUUGUUCUUAACGAAGUGUUUGUUUGCUAAUUACAUUAAAUAUUGCGUGGAUAGGUUUAUUUGGAAACGAGUUAAUAAGCAAAAAGUUUUCUCCAAUUGCAUUUUGGUUUGGACCUCGAAGAUACUUAUUUUCCUUGUCCUCUCUUAUAUUCUAUUUUGCUACUACACAAUAUAUACUCAUUCCAUGACUUAUAUCUACCAGACAAUUUCAUUUACCUUUAUAGGGAUUGUUGCCUUUCCAUCUGAAUCUAUCACUUACAUUAUCAUGUUCACAGCCAUUUUCCUGUAUGUUUUGAAGGUGAUCAAGCAUAUCAAUGCUGGUUAUAUCGAUCUUUUAUACCAAACCAUACACAUAUCGGAGAAUAUUCAAGAAUCAAAGCAGGCCGAUACCACUGUGGUAUAUAUCGUACAUUGUGAGAAUAUUCCCGGGGUGUAUCGGCACGUUUUUGAUCAUCUAGUUGAGAAGUAUCGUCCUCUUCGAGUUCAACUCUUUCUCUGUUGCGUGUACCUCAC